AGCUGCGCAAUUGUGCUCGUUGGACGUCGCGGUCCUAUCACACCGAGACGGUAUCUUAGCGACCAAGACGAACAGAAUGGCCAACCCGUAUGGCCCACCAGGCUACGGCGCGCGCCAGCCUUCCUAUGGCGGCGGAGGAUAUGGCGCCCCAGGAAUGGGAGCACCGCCAGCUUUCGAUGCUCCGCCGGGCAUGGCGCAAUCACCUGCUGGAUACCAGAGUCAAUUCCAACCUCCGCCAAAUAUGCCCAACAUCAACUUCAAUGCACCAGUCAUCCGCUUGGGCGUGGACGGCGCGCGGUCAGACGGGCAAGGUGGUAAUCGCGGCGAUCGAGGUGAUCGAGGACCACGAGGCGGCAACGCAGAACCGCUUGGAAACAGAGGCAGAGCAGGUCUAGGAGCAGGUGGCAUGGAUUCGCGCAAUCUGGACCGAGAUCGAGAAAAGCUGCGUGAGAACAUGCAGGCGCUCAACCCUCCUACCAGAGAAGAAGUAGCGCGCACCAUCUUUGUGGGAGGACUGGGCAAGGAAGCACCGAGCGACGACAAUCUGGCCUCCAUUCUGCGUUGUGCAGGCAAACUAAGACGAUGGACUCGCGCAAGAGACGCAGAUGACAACAGGUGCAAAUUCGGCUUCGCAGAAUUCGAGGAUGUCGACAGUCUGGAGGCUGCCUUUGAGAUCUUCCGCGACUUGGAAGUACCCAUGUUCAAUGCAGACGGCUCUGUGCAAAAGGACGACGAGGGCGAAGUGAAGAAGAUGAAGCUUUUGGUAGUUGUGGACGAGGAGAGUCAAAAAUACAUCGAGACAUGGACAAGCAAGCGAAAGGAAGACGAGAACAGUCGACAGUUCCGCUUGGACAGUGCCAAGGAUGAGCUGCGAUCAUUCCUCGCAAGUCUUUCGAACGACGCUGCUCAUGGAGCGAAUGGCAUCAAUGGCGCGAACGGUGACGUCGAAGGCGAUGCUGCAAUGGGAGAUGGAUCUGGGGCUAAGGACGACGGAGUCGAACUCAUUACGAUAAAUGCCAGUAACUUGGACGAAGAGCUUGCAGAUAUUCCUGCCGAACAGAGAGCUACUGUCGCGGAAGAGAUCAAAGCUUUCCGCGAUCGAUCCAAUCGACGCGAUGUCGAACGUCUGCGUCGAGAGGAAGAACUUGAGCGUGAGGAGCGGCAACGCAACGGUGGUGCUCCUCGUGUCAACCGAUUGGCAUCACCUCCUCCGAACGGCGCUCCAGCAGGCCCAGGCGGUGCAAACGGCAUUCCCGCAGGACCUCGAGGCCAGCAAGGUGUGCAAGGCGCUCCCGCGGGGCCAAAAGGAUAUCGCGGUGCACAGCUACCAAGCGACUAUGUGAAUGGGGUGGUUUUUGUUCCCGGAGCUGGUCGUUAUGGCCGACCUGCACGAGUGGAGCUGAACCGUGAAGACGAAGAUGCAGAGGAGUCUGAUACAGAGCUCGAGCGCCGGCGGGAAGAGCGACGUAAUGCAGAGCUCACAAAUGAGUUCAAGGAUCAAGUCGAGAGAUGGCAAAAGCGAGAACGCACACGUGGCAUGGCUCAGGAAAGAGAGAAGAAUCGCGAAGAGGCCGAGCGACGUAACUUGGAGAGAGCGAAAGAGGAUAUGCUCAACAAGCUGGCCAACUGGAACGACGAUGAAGAGGCUACUAAGGGAAGAGAACUCUACUACAAGGACCGUUCUGUCUGGCUACGUGAGCGAGAACGUGCACGGGAAUUCGAACGAAGAGAAGACGAAGCGGACCGCAGAGCUGAAGAGCGCGAGCAAGCCGAAGAGCGUCGUGCCAACAACGAAGCCGACGACUUCCUCGACCAGCUCGGCGACAAGAUGGACACACGACCCGACCAACCCACUCCCGCAGCAGCAGCUCCCGCGGGUUUCAAGAUCUCCCUCGGCGGAGCUCGCGCUCGCCAACCAGCCGCAGCCGCUGCUCCCCGCAAACCCAUGGCCGAUGUCGAAGGCCUUCUCGAAGACGAAGAAGACGCCGCCGCAGCAGGCGCCAAACGUCUCGAUCUCAAGCCACUCCAGGACACUAGCACGGUCCCAAUGCACGGCCAAGACCUCACAGACGAAGAACGCGCCGCAGCGCAAAAACAGCUCGCAGCCGAAAUCCCCACCGAUACAAACGAACUGUUUGCACAUCCCAUCAAGUGGGAAUCGCUCACGCCUUCUCUCAUUGACGCGCAGAUUCGGCCGUUUGUGGAGAAGAAGGUUGUGGAAUAUCUUGGUGUGCAAGAGGAUCUGAUCGUGGAUACUGUUAUUGAUGGUAUUCGGGAGAAGAGGGCCGCGUUGGCGAUCAAGGAGGAUUUGGAGGGUGCGUUGGAGAACGAGGCUGAGGUUAUGAUGAGGAAGGUCUGGAGAAUGAUGGUUUUCUUGGGAGAGUGUGAGAGUAGGGGCUUGGGUUCAUGAGUGGAUGGAGAGAUCCGAGUCGAGCGAGGCGGAGGCUGCGAAAUUGGUUUGUGGAUAGAUGCAUCUGAGACGAGGCGUGCGUCUCUUCGCGAAAAUGGACGAGCUGUAUGAUAUGGCGAGGCUGAACCUGGAGGAUGGAUCAUGACGAUUAGCGUCAGCUUGUCUCGAUCGCAAGAUUGUAUAGUAUGAAAGACUACCAACUUCCCGCGAGUCGAGGGACCUCUCUGCAAUAAACACAAAAACGGCCGCAGCGCGAUCCGGGAAGUGUCCUCCAUGCCUUUGAUGUCCUC